CAGCUCAGUCGGCUCCCUGACUGCACACAUCAGCGCGGACCGGCUUCAGCUCUGUUCCGAUAGGGAAUACAAGUUUGGUGAGAGUUAAUUUUUUUUCCCCUUCCUCUCCUUAUCUGGCUCGGAGCGGCAUCACGGAGCCUUCUGCACUCAGUCAGCAUGUCGGAACUGUCCGUGAAUGACCACCUCGAAGGGAUUUUAUCCGAUUUUGAAGCGCUGAAGAGAUCCUUUGACAUUGAAGAUGUGGAUGACAUACCAUCCUUCUCCUCAGCUUCACCCAUCUCCACCCCCGUUUCUCCCUCUUCCCCCCAUUUCUUCCUCCACCACAACAAAGCCAGCGAGGGGCGGGGAGGAGCUGGCCAGUCCCCUUCAUUAGCCUUCAACAACAACAACAACAACAGCCUGGGCUCCACAGCCCACCACUCCCGCAUCAGCCUGACUUCUAACCCCAGCCCGGCGCUCAAGUCCCGUAGUGUAGUCGGCAGCCUGUCCUUCAACCGAGGAACCACGAACAAGUCGGCCAUCCACAACAAUGGUUCUUCCGUCACAAGGGCUGCAUCCUUCCAGAGCAGGUUAAACCCCAACGGUUACUCCAUUCUGUCUGGGCCAGGAAGUGAUGACAGCCUUCACAGCUCCACGUCCAGCCUGGAGUACUCUGGUGGGGGUGGGGGUGCCCUCCCUUUUACGAAGCUGGGGUCAUAUCACAGCCCUCCGCCUCAGGGCGAGUACCACCGAACCCAGCCCCAGCUCCCACAACCGCACCGUGAGGGAGGUGCCAACUUGGAAAGCAACCUUAACCUGAAGACGUCUCAUGGGGUUGUUUUCCACUCCGGGAUGGACCAGGGGCCAGGGAUGAUGCUGGGUGUUCCAGAGCCUCGGGGGGUGAACCAUGGCUCCAUGCCGAGCCUAGACGCCCAAAUUCAUAAUGGAGGAGGAGGAGGAACGGUGAGUAUGCAAAGAGGUGGAGGGGGAGACAGGAUGUCACCAGGGUUGAGGUAUGCCGGCGCUAAUGCCAACUGGAAUGGUCGUAUUCAUAAUGCCAGUUCCUUCGGGGAGGAGGGCUACGGUAGCCCCAAAAACCAGUACCAGCAGCAAGGCCCCCAGGUCCUCAUGGCUCCCCAGCCCAAGGCCAAAGAGGCUUCACGUCUCGGCAAGUUCCCCUUGGAUCUCGACAGCUUGGUAAGCGGCAACUCAACCACCUCUCUCGCCAAGACUCAGGGAGGAUCCACGAGCCCCAACCCGCCCAAGCCUCCGCCAAGGAGCACAGGAGGCUUCCAACACCACACCAGCCCACCAUCCACCUCGGCCAGCCCCUCAGCCUCUCUCAGCAGCCUGGACAGUUCUUCUGACACCCCGCCCCUCUCCCUCCACCAUCCCUUUUUGCCAUUCUCCCCACGCUCUCUGACUCCCCUGCAGGGUUCAAUUCCUGUCCCAGAGAUGAGUUGCUCCCCGGUGUCCUUCUCUCCAGCCCAGAGCCCCCAGCUGCAGCUUCUCUCAGGGCCCCAAGUUGUCCAGGUGGUCCCGAACCUGUCUAACCCUUCCAGCCCCGCCAGCUCCAGAGCCAUUUGGUCUGUGGAGGAUGGCCCAGGUGAUGGCAGAGAUAUUGUAGGCUCAAUCUUACAGAGGAUCGCUUCCUACACCCAGCAUGUCAUGACCGACACCAACCCAGCAGCUGUGACCCAACCCCCUACUCGCAACGGUGGGUUGUCAUCUGAAUAUGGGUGUCCUGAGACCACGAACAUGCCCACAUGGAAACAGGGGAAGAAGAAACAGAAAGAAACUGCGGGAGAGCUGGAGACAGACCCGCUCAGCCCAAUGGAGGAGAGUGAGGAGAAGGAGAGGGGCAUCAUGGGACAAGAGCAAGAAGAUGAGGGCAAGUGCCGAGAAAAAGCAGCCGGCGUGAACGCCCAGAAUUCCGCGCCAGAUAUAGAGGAGGUUCGUACAGAGCCGGAGGAGAAGGGAAUAGAGGAAGGAGAAAUGAAGAAGGAGAUGGAGCUGGAGGCAGAGGUGAAGGUGGAGCUGUGCCAGUCAGGGCCAGGCCUGCAGAUGAGCUUCAUCCGAGGCACAGACCUGUUUGGCUACGUGGGCAUCGAGGCAGUGCUGGACCAGAUGAGGCGCAAGACCAUGAAGGUCGGCCUGGAGUUCAACAUCAUGGUGGUCGGUCAGAGUGGUUUGGGAAAGUCCACGCUGGUCAACACUCUGUUCAAGUCCAAAGUCAGCCGGAAGUCCUGCACGCCCAACUGCGAAGAGAAGAUCUCCAAAACAGUCAAACUGCAUUCAGUCAGCCACGUGAUUGAGGAGAAGGGCAUGAAGAUGAAGCUGACGGUGAUCGACACUCCAGGAUUUGGGGACCAGAUCAACAACGAGAAUUGCUGGGAGCCCAUUGUGAAGCACAUCAAUGAGCAGUAUGAGAAAUACCUGAGAGAGGAGCUGCACAUCAACCGCAAGAGGAGAAUACCAGACAGCAGAGUCCACUGCUGCAUCUACUUCCUCCCCGCCACUGGACACAGGUUACGCCCCAUCGAUGUUGAGUUCAUGAAGAGGGUGGGAAAGAUAGUGAGCAUCGUACCCGUCAUCGCCAAAGCCGACACACUCACCAUUGAGGAAAGACAGGAGUUCAAAGAGAGGAUAAGGCAAGACUUAGCAGCCAAUGGGAUUCGGGUUUAUCCCCAGAAAGAGUACGAUGAUGAUCCAGAGGAACGCAUCCUCAACGACAGGAUCAGGGAAAGCAUUCCCUUUGCUGUGGUGGGCACGGACAAGGAGCACCAGGUGAAUGGAAACAAGGUGCUGGGACGUAAAACAAAGUGGGGAAUCAUUGAAGUUGAAAAUGUGGCGCACUGUGAGUUUGCCAACCUGAGAGAUCUACUCAUCAGGUCCCACCUGCAGGACCUGAAAGACGUGACGCACAACAUUCACUAUGAGACCUACCGCGUACGACGGCUCAACGAGAGCAACAUGAACUUCAGUGAACUGGGACUGUCCGCCCGGCCGCUGGAGAACGGAACUGCUGACAUAAGCGAAUCAGAGAGCCACCUCUGAUCUCUCCGUCAGCCGCCUUCCUCCUGCACCUGCCACAGGAACGCUGAUGCUCCUCAGCCGAUCAGAACGAGAGAUGUGAAAAAGAAAGCUAUUUUUUAUUACUUCUAUUACUCCCUCCCCACAUAAAAAAUGAAACGGAGAAAUUAUUAUUUUUUAAUGUUGUCGCAUUUUUUUUCCCAUAUGGGACAAACUUGUGGAUUGUUUUUAAAUGAGAAAUUCUCUUUGAGUUUUCACAAUACAUAAGAAAUGCAUCAAAUAUGGAUAUAAUGUGAAACAAAUGUGAGCUCAUAUAUAUUUUUUGGAAGGUUGGUGACAUGUCUGUACAUGGGCAGGGGAGACGGGAGAAUGUCUAAGCAUCUUGGUAUUGGCUAUAGAAAUUGUACACUAUAUGGCCAAAAGUAUGUGGACAGUCCAGGCCUUAUCACCCAGUGCUGGACCUCACUAAUGCCCAUGGUGUCAGCGUAUGGGUGGAAGGUCCAGCUGUACACGGAUGUUUGGCAAUGCAGUGUGUCAUUCUUCAGGUCUAAUGUCAAAUGUUCCAAUUUGAUCCUGAGGGGAGAAUUGAAGACGCUGGUUAUAAGUGUUAGGAUACCUUUUUUUUUUUUUUUUUUAGAAAUCUCGCAGGCCACAUUAAAGUGCCAAAACAACAUAAACAUGCGUAACUAGUUAAUCCUCUAUCUCUUUUAAAGAGUAUCUACACCCAGUUGACUAAAAGUCAUUUUGUCAUCCGUUGAGUACAUAAUGCCUAGUGGAAGGAAGUAUUAACUUCACAAUCUUGCUCCGUACUCCGCCCAGUGGAUGAAAUGAGCAGAGGGCGUUCAUUUUGAGAUCACAGGUUCUAUGCUCAGUAUUCAAUCAGAUCGCUGAGGGCGUGGUCAUUGACUUUGCAAGUCUCAUUUCCCAAUUCACUGAGCCAGAUCGGGUUUAAGAUAGGAUAGUUGAUGUGUGAAUUAUAACCUACAGUUUUUAUAAUUAGUGAUGUUGUCCAUUUAUUAUUUUUCAGUUUUCUUUUUUUGUGUGUGUGGAUUUUAUCCUGUUACCUUCUCAGAACUGGUAGACCUCUGCCAGAGGAAACCUAUUGGAUGGGCAUCUGACUUCCUUGGGAUGGCCUCUUUUUUUAUCUUCAUUACUCAUUAAAAACAGCAGAACUGUUUAUCAACUAAUAUAUUAGUCAAUUUUUGGAGCAGUGGGUGAUCUGAUUAGCUCUUUGAUGGUGAAUGAAAGGCUUGAUCCGAUGAAGUAGGUAAUCGAAUCAAAUCAAAGCAUUGACGUCAAUGCUGCUGCCAGUUCUGCCGCUGUUUACCUUUUUUCUUCUUCUUCUAGUCCGUAGAAGCGCCACUCUCUGUUCAGGAGAAGACUGUAACUAGUGUCGCGUGUAGAAAUGGGUUACGGCGAUCCCAUGAUGUCACAUUUGCGCGCGACAGGUCGGCUGCAGUGAGCAUACCGGACGCCUUAACAGCCCCAAGAGUGAUGCCAUUGUGUACCAACACCCUGGAGCACACUUACGGCGCAUUCAGACCAAAAAAAAGCGAUCUGGCGAUUUGCCGCAGGGUUGUGUUUCGCGGGGGGGGGAAUGUCAAUGAAACGGCCCAUUUGUGUGACAUCCUGUUGUGUUCUUACCCCACACACACACACACACACACACAAAACAAAACAAAGCACAAGUAGACUUUCUAUUUCACAACUGUAACUGUUUUUCGUUAGACCGUUUAUAGAUUUCGAAGGUUCCGACCGCAGGAGAAGAGAGAUAAAUAAAAGAAACGAGCGAGUCAUAGCGAGUGCUUUGUUGUCGCAGGUAAUUUUCAGCUGUUACACAAACUCCCGAGCAGUUCAGUGCUUGUGUUUGGUGUUUUAAACUUUCUUGUGGCAGCGAUAGAGGCAGUAACGUUUCCUGUAUCCUGUAUCCUGUAUCCUGUACGGGAUUCAUACACCGACAAGUCUGAUCGCCAGUUACAUGAUUGGCCACCACAGCGUGACGUGGGGUUGCGUUUCUUCAAAAGUUGAGUUGCUCUCACUAUUCACCGCAGGCCCGUUGCCUAUUUUUGAGUGCCCCCCCACGGCAAACCCUGCAGCAGCCUAAACGCACUACCCCCAUUCUGCCGGACGACAAAAAUGUGCCUUAGCGCCAUCACCUGAUAAGGUGUGCAGUUGGAUGGUUUGACCCUUAUAACAAAAAAGUCCAAUAACUCCACUGGGUCUGAGCAAAGUAGCACUUCUUUCUGUCUUGCCGAAUUCCUUCACUUGUCCAGUGUUUUACUGUAGCUGAUCACACAAUCACACACUGGGUUUUUCCAUUACAAUGUUUUUUGGGGAGAAAUACUGUUGCACGAACCGUAGUCUCCCAUUGCCAGACCAAGGUCUGGCUACACCACAGAUGCAUUCUGGGAUAGGAGGGAAAAAAAUGCUCUGGGUUGUUCGCAUUUUUUUAAACCAUUCACAAUUGUCUUGUGUGGCGCCAAGUACCGGAUGCAGAACCCGACAAAAUGGUCUCGGGAAGGAACUUGUUUUGGUGGAACAUUUGAACAAAAGAAAACACCAGCUAACUGUUGACACAAUACAGUUAACGUGCGCUAUUUAAAUUAGCUGGACACAUGGUUAAACCUCAUUAGCUCUUAGCAGUGUAAUCUCACCAAUCGCUCCCAGUUACAGAGGAAAUGCCGUAAACAUGUUCUUUGUAAAUCUUUAGAGAACCAAGCAGGCCUGCCUUGUGGCACAAUUCCAAUGUCCAUUUUCUUCAAAUUCUUCAGUUUCUGUCUGUUACAUUUCUGACCACAUCACAGCUGGGCGUGACCAGGUGUCGUGCAUUGUACUUGUGACCGUACCCAAUUGUAGCAAUGCACUGCGAAGUGCUAUAGUGUACAGGGUAUGGAAAGAGCAUGCAGCGACUGCUGCAUGGCAGCACAAGAAGGACUUUCAGUCUGGGUGUAGUUCUCUUUAAAUAACUAAUGAAUGGAGGGUCAAACGAUUCAUCCACAUUAGUGUGAGCAAGGCCUUUAUUGCCACUUCAUUAUCCAGCACUGACGGCUCUCAGCCCAAUGUUUAGUCUGCUCCAGUAUACUGUGUUAGCAUUGGACUUGUGCUGUAUCGUAUGUAAUGGCGUCUUGUUUUCUGCCUGCUGUCAUUAGCUUAUGGAGAGUUAAGUAUUAACUGAUUAUCUACUGAGUGACAAUUUGCCUGAUAUUCAUUUAGUAAUUUCUCUUUUUCAGUUUCUGCAUUUAUUAUUUAGAUACUCCGAAGAUCAUCUUAAAAAAAGAUUCUAUCCAAGGAAAGCUGUUCAAGCAUGUACAUUCCAUUCAUAGUGGCCGCCAGUACUCUGCUGGACUGUACAGUAUGUAUAAGGUAUCAAGUUUGUCCAUCUGUGCCUCGGUUUUGCCAUCAUGUGUAAUGGAAAAAAUAGUAACAUUUUCCUCGCUGGUAUUAUCAUAGACAUUUUAGACACAGGGCUGCAGCUUAUCAACAGUGUGUAGAAAUCAAAACCCAGUAUUUGCCCAACUUUCCAGCUGGAGGCCGGUACUGGACCAUGGAACAUUUGCUGAUAAGCCCAUAAGCAAACAAGCUUAUGUGACAAAAUUAUUGUAUCUUUUCUGAUUUCCACAUCAUAUGUUGCAAGUUGCCCAGUGGGAGAAGUGGAAGAGACAGUGUGUGACAGUGAAUGUAGCCAAUGCAUGGCAUUAGCCCAGUAAUGGUCAGUAUGAAAUAAAAGAAAUAUAGCUUUGGGUCUCAGGUCGGGUUUGGGUCUUAAAUUUGGCCGCACAGUCAGGUAAGGUCUUAAAGGUGCAGGUACAGGGUUCAGGUUUUAGUUUAAUGCUCGUGCAGACCUCUGGUGGUGUGUUCCUAUUACUGUUGCAACCAGCUAGCUAUCACGACUAAAGACAAAAGCAUUGAGAAUCUUGAGAGUUUCUCUGGGGGAGAAAAAAGGCAUAUGUCCCAUAAUGUUCUAAAUAAGCUGAAUGUUUACUGCAGUUAUUCAUUUUAUCAUUUACACCUGUACUUUUUCUACUGUGACUUGUCCAAAUGUCCUCCGUGAAAAAGAUCUAUCAGCUACUCGUGUAGCAGGAUUACUACUGUAGGAUUUGAAUUUUAAACGAUGGCUUGUGAAAUAUUUAAACGAUUGGUAAGAUGGCAAAGCAUGCUCAGAUGUUUUUCCGUGGAUAAAUGAAGAUGGAAAUCUAUCUUUAGAGAAGCUGAGUAAACUCAUUUUUGUAGCUUAACACACCUACAGUACAACUUUCUUUUUUUUUUUUAUAAUGGCUCAACCUACUGGUAUCCAAAAUGUCAGUUUCUGUCUGAAGCCACCUAUUAUCUACAGUGACACCAGACCCUCCACAGUCCCAAUUCCCUUUGGUUCUGAUCCCAUGGUUCUGCAUGUCAGACAUCCAGUGUUACUGUCCUCUUACCUCUCAGCUCUGCUCCGUGUCCUGAACCUCUGUGUCAUCCUCCCACCCUUGUAUUUUAUACUCCGCAUGUACUAACAGUUCCUGUAUGAUUAUUGUCUUCUGUUUUUUAUAUAGUAUUAAUGAUACACUUGUUAACACUGUUGAUUUACAAUUAAAUACUUGUCACCUUCUCA